CCAUCUAAUUCAUUCAAUCCAAUCCAUUAACCAUUACAUAACUUGUGCCAUAUCCACGGAAGUACCUUCCCGAGUGGGUCUUGUACUCGUUAUGCAUUAAACAGCUAUUAUGCUCUAAACCCGUAUGGAUUAUAGUUUUCGGGCAGUCGGGGGUACCUUAAUGAUGCCCACGCCUAUCGGUCCGUACAGGUAAUUACCCCAUUUAACCUUAAGCUGCCGCCGCUUGCCCUUAGCGGCGCCCAGGUGCAUGAAGUAGGUGCGACAGGUGCGCUACCACGGCUCCCGUCGCUGAAAAAACCCCGCAAUGUAAAGGGAAGCUCCCCGCAACGAUCUUGCCUUGCCUGUGAUGCACUUCGUCAUUUUAGACAAACUUAGAACAACAUCCAGAACCUUGGGCAGAUCAACGUCGACGUCCUUUGACUCUGAGACAACUUGACUAAGUGUUAACACGACUCAUUCUGCAAUUCUCUCGUCAUUCAUUCAACAUGCCUCGUGCCAAGUACAUUCUGCUCGACUGCGACAACACCCUCUGUCUAUCAGAGCGGUUGGCCUUCGAGGCUUGCACCGACUUGACCAACGAGGUCUUGGAGAAGUGGGGCAGACCGGAGCGCUACACCGUCGAGCAGCUCCUCGAGGACUUCGUUGGCCAUAAUUUCCGUGGCAUGCUCAAUGGCUUGCAGAAAAAGCAUGACUUCACCAUGACACCGCAGGAAGUCGAUGCUUAUGUUGACCGUGAGCUCGGCGCUGUGACUGCAAAGCUGAGCGAGAAGUGCCAGCCUUGCCCCGGCGUACCUGAGCAGCUUGAGGCGCUCAAGCAGGCCGGGUACCCCAUGUCCGUUGUCAGCACGUCAGCCAAGCCCCGCGUUGUUGCCAGCAUCAAAAAGGUCGGAAUUGACCACUACUUCCCGGACGAGCAUGUUUACAGCGCCGCUACCAGUUUGAACCCCCCGUCAAGCAAGCCUGACCCAGCUAUCUACAAUUACGCUUGCCAACAGUUAGGUGUCAAGAACGAAGAGUGCGUCACUGUUGAGGACAGUAAGAGCGGUGCUACUGCUGCCAUGCGCGCUGGUAUCCCCCUGAUUGGAUACGUUGGUGUCUACGGUAUCGAGGACGGCAAGGAGAAGAUGGAGGAAAUGGCGAAGCUUCUAACCGAGCAAUGCCAUGCCAAGGCCAUCAUGUACGACUGGAAGGAGUUCCCCGAGCUACUGAAGAAAGUCGAAGAAGGUUUGUAAGUCAGCCUACACAAGGGCCGACUCAGUUCUCGGAAGAGCGUCUUAUUACAUGCGGUUAUCAUAGACGGGUUUCCGAGGAAGACAUCAUGACUUGAUGAAUUUGCGCACCGGCGGUAAUUUCUUUCCCAGCUUCAGCGCCACGAAUUUCGGGACAAUGCAAUUCGAUCCUAGGCAGGCUACGGGCUUCUCACGGAGAAGUCACCGCGGACUUGGCCCACCAUCGAGG